AUGCCUCUAUUUCCUUCCCAGGACACUCUUCAUAAUGUGUCCCAUCCGACCUUCGGUCGACAUUUGGAUACUCCGAAGUCCCGGCUGACGGAUGGUGCUAAACGCACGCCUCUUCAGGCUCGGUCUGAAUUGUAUACGACGUGGUCAGUCGUGGAUGAUGCGAAGGACAAGGCCAAUGCUUUGAGUGCAGAAGCUACUAAAGAAUUCGAGAAGGCUAGUGCGAAAGCUCAAGCCAAGACUGGUGGUAUUGAAUUGUAUUCCCCCAGUUACUAUGCAGCAUGUACUUAUGGAGGACUGCUUGCUUGUGGCCUCACCCAUACCGCUGUCACACCCCUUGAUCUGGUCAAAUGUCGUCGCCAGGUUGACCCAAAGAUGUACACUGGCAACUUCCAAGCUUGGGGCAAGAUUGGCCGAGCAGAAGGCCUCCGUGGUAUCUACACCGGAUGGAGCCCAACCUUCUUCGGAUACUCUGCUCAAGGAGCCUUCAAGUAUGGAGGCUAUGAGUUCUUCAAGAAGUGGUACUCUGAUCUUCUAGGACUUGAGACGGCCCACAAAUACAAGACCUCGGUCUACCUGACGGCCAGUGCCUCUGCCGAAUUCAUUGCAGACGUUGCGCUCUGCCCAUUCGAAGCUGUCAAGGUUCGCAUGCAGACCACCAUCCCGCCAUUUGCGACUGGAACUUUCGCCGGUAUCAACACUAUUCUCGGCAAGGAAGGCUAUGCUGGACUAUACAAGGGUUUGUAUCCUCUUUGGGGACGUCAAAUCCCGUAUACAAUGAUGAAGUUCGCAUCUUUUGAGACCAUUGUGGAGAUGAUAUAUGAGCGUCUUCCUGGCAAGAAGUCUGAUUACGGCAAGCCCGCUCAGAUUGCCGUUUCCUUUACUAGUGGCUAUCUUGCUGGUAUCCUCUGUGCUCUUGUCAGCCACCCAGCUGAUGUUAUGGUCUCCAAGCUCAAUGCCAACCGUCUACCCGGGGAAGCUUUCGGAGCUGCUAUAAACCGCAUCUACAAGGAGAUUGGGUACGCAGGACUGUGGAACGGUCUUCCCGUGCGUAUAGCGAUGGUCGGGACACUGACUGGAUUGCAAUGGCUCACCUAUGAUUACUUCAAAGUUUUUAUGGGGCUGCCGACGACCGGAGGAACGCCGCAAAAGACCUAG